UUAGGGCUACUAAUCUAGAUGCAAUUACAUGUAUCUUCCUAUGGAGGGCGCUCUAUGUGUCAGAAGACUAGAGCGUCCUACUAGCAAACAUUCUCUCUCUCUACCAGCGACAUAUUUCCUGUGAACGUGCACCUGAAAGAGCUCCCAGAUUAGAAGAUAAAUAAUAACGAAAUACUUUUGAAAAGUUAAUACUUUACAUCUAGUUAUAUCCAUAAGAUAUUAGUCUACCUCAAACUCAACUUUGAAUAAGAAAGAAAAGUGAUUCUGUCGAGUUUAUAGCAAAUUGGAACUCCGGUGAGUAAGGCACGUUUUGCUAGUUUCUCACUAGCAUUCUAGGAAAGGAUGUAAUUCAUAAAAACCAAUCGGAGUAUGAGUGAGACGAUGCUCAAUGUUUGUAUGAAACCUUGAUUGGUUUUUUGAACGACCAGAUCAGAUUUGGAUCCCAGAUGGCGAGCCCAGCCCAGUGAGACUGAGAACGAUCGUGGAAGCGGUGUGGCCAACCGUACGAUUUGUCUCAGAGAAACCCAAGAUUUGUUCAUUCGUUCAUCGAACACCAGAUAAGAUUUUCCACACUGUUGACUCAACACAGUAGUCAUAUCCGCACACAUUCAAGGAACUGAACUUUAGGAAUCAAUACACUUUUCAUACAGGAACUGAUAUACACUUUUCAUACAAGAACUGAUAUACACUUUUCAUACAGGAACUGAUAUACACUUUUCAUACAGGAAUUGAACUUUCUUGAAUCAGUACAUACCGGAAUAAGGGGCUUGAAUUCUAUAUUUCCUUUGAUUUUCAUAUUUUAUUUGUUUGAAGAGCUCUUCCUUAUCAUUUCAUUUAUAUUUUGCCCAUUCAAUGCUGUGUAACCACACUGCUGUUUGGAGGCAAUAAAACUGUCAAUUGUUCAACUUAUUAAUUCCUCUUGUGAGUUAGUCCAUUUAAGCAUACCCCUCUCCCGAGCCUAGGUUGAUGUUUAGUGCUUGAAUUACUGGUCCAGGUCUACGAGCGCUACACAAAAAAGUGGCGAGCCAGCCAGGAGGGGUUUUGAGCUCAUUUUUAGUGAAACGUUGAACAUUUUGACGCUUUUAUUGCAUCCUAUUUGUGAAUACUGCUAUUACAUACUUUUUUUUGCAUUUUUUUGUGGUGAUAGCAUAAAGUAUGGAUGUAAUUCGGUCAGAAAAUGUGAAGGUACCUAAUUCACUCUUAGUGAGUGGUUUAACUGGUGGUGAAGAGGAUAAUGAAGUAAUGGAGUACUUAGGAACAGUUGGUUCUGUUCAAAGAAUAAUUAAAGUAACUAGCGAUGAAUCCCAGUUUAAAGACACUGCCAUCGUAGAAUUCACAUCAGGAGAAACCAUUCAGUUUCUUCACGAAGCUUUGCCCUGCAAAAGACCUAGCAGUAACCCAGAUGUUAUCCAUCAAAUUCAGCUUCUCUCUGAGUUAUAUGUAGCUGAUAAAAGUUCUAGCUUAACACAGUCUUACUUAGCUGAGCUACAAGAUGUUGCUAAACUAAGCGGAACAAACUUUGAGAAACUUUUGCUAGAUGAGCUGGCUAAAAUACAGGGAGCUACUAAAAGUAAUCCCACAACCGAACUACCCACAACCCCACCGCCCACUAACAAUACAGCCCAAGCCAACCCACUAGCUCCUGAAACUCAAUCUCCUACUCAAAUAGUCCCUGACCUACCCUACUUACCUGAGCGUGAUUCUCUCCCAGUCACUGUUAGUGCUCCGACAUCAGCCCUACAUAGGCAACGGACUCUCAACUUAACUCCUGAACAGCUUACCACUCCUGAAGUCCAGAAAGUAGUGGUUGAGCAUGUCAUUAAGAACAGCAACUUGUCCUCCCAAUAUCAUGAUCGUGUCAAACUUAGGCCUUUCUCAGGAAAAAUCCCUUGCCCAGGUUCUGAGUCUGACUAUGACACAUGGCGCAACAAUGUCGAGUUUCUUCUCGCAGAUGUCACUGCGUCUGACAAACACACAGUUCGGAAGAUGGUUGAGAGCCUUCUUCCACCUGCUGCCCACAUUGUGAAGCACCUUGGGCCAAAAGCAUCUCCUCAUGACUACCUUAGCCUUCUCGACUCAGCAUACGACACUGUUGAUGAUGGAGACGAGCUUUUUGCAAGGUUCUUGAGCACUAACCAGAACUCAGGUGAGAAACCCUCCAGCUAUUUGCAGCGAUUGCAGACAGCCUUGAGCAAAGUAGUGAAAAGAGGCGGCAUUGCUGCUAGUGAGUUAGAGCGCCAGCUACUUAAGCAGUUCUGUAGAGGGUGCUGGAACAAUGCCUUAAUUACUAGUCUUCAGCUUGAACAGAAAAAACUGAAUCCACCCUCAUUCUCUGAGCUUCUUCUUUUGCUGCGUACUGAAGAGGACCGGCAAGCUGCUAAGUCCAGCCGGAUGAAACAACACUUGGGCUUCCCUAAAGCCAGAGCUCAAGCAAACGUCCACACAGUUCAGGAUUAUGACACAGACACAGACACAGCAACCUUUGCAGAUAGUGCAUCUUCCACUGAGAUGCAUAAACUUGAAAAGCAAAUUGCAAAGUUACAAACUCAAAUGGCUUCACUGAAAGCAUCCAUGAAUAGCUCACGCCAGGCUACUGAUAAGCAAAAUAAGAAACUAAAGACCAAAACCAAAGUCUCCACUCAGGAAAACUUCUCAGUAGAGACAAUACUCACAAAGAGACCCCGCCCGGGGUAUUGCUUCAAGUGCGGUGAGGACGGUCACAUCGUACCAUCCUGCAGCAAUGAGCCGAAUCCUGAAUUAGUGGAAAAGAAACGUAGAGAGUUGAAACAAAAGCAACAGGCUUGGGACGAGCAAAAUGAGCAGCAUUUAAACUGA